UCCCGCGGCCCUCUGCUCUCCCACUCCCUCUCCCAUCCUGCCCUUCAGCAAGUUUCUUUUUCAAUUACCUUCAUAUACAGAAGAUCAACUUAGUAUAUACUAAGCAAGGAUUUCAACAGGCUGCCCUCACACAACCGUACAAGGUAUAGGGUAUUGUUCGACUAGUAGUGUUGUUUUUAAGUUUCAUAGUAAAACACAUUAAGGACAGAGAUCCUACGUGGGGAGCAUGUACCCAGUGACUCCCGUUGUUGAUUUAACAAAUGGCACUCUUAUUUAUGACGUCAGCAAUCACCCGAGGCUCUUGCCAUGAGCUGUCUAGGCUAUGGAAGCCCCUUGAGUUCACCAACUCUGAACUUGUUUAUCAAGGCCUUAUCACAGUGGAAGUUCCUUCCUCCCUUUGGAGAAAGGCGCCUCCCUCCUUGAUGGCCUGUUCCUUCUACUGGGGUCUUAGGAACACAAAUACUUGUACACCCAUCAUCAUAACAGCAUGUAUAGUAAAUGUGUUAUAUAAACAAGUAGUGGAAUAUUAUUCAGUCAUAAAAAGGAAUGAAAUUCUGGUAUAUGCUAAAACAUGAGUGAACGUUGAAAAUAUUAUGCUCGAUGAAAUAAGCCAGACACAGAUGAACAAAUAGUAUUCGAUUCUACUUAUAUGAGGUACUUAGAAUAGGCAAAUUCACAGGGACAGAACAUAAAGUAGAGAUAUAGGGGCUGCGGAAUGAUAAUAGGGAGUUAUUGUUUAGUGGGUACAGACUGUGUGGGAUGAUGAAGAGCUCUAGAAUUGGAUAGUUGUAAUGUUUGCACAACAUUGUGAAUUAAUGCCACUGGAUAAUACACUUAAAAUGUUUACAAUAGUAAAUGUUAUAUAUAUAUAUACAUUAGCACAAAAGAUAGUGAAAAUCUUUAUAUGUUUGUCUUUGUUUAGAUAAGGGAUUUAUUGGGAUGUAAUUCAUGUGCUGUAGUUGUCAUGUUGGAGAUGUGAGCAAGGUUGAGAGAGGUUGGGACAGUGGGGUGUGAGGCUGGUGACUUGAGUUUUUGACAUGUUGGGUUUGAGUUGGCCACAGCAUAUCCAUGUGGAGAGGUUCAGAAAGCAGUAAUGAUUUGGGUCUAGACCUUGGGGAAAGGGGUAAACACACAAUCUUGGGAACCUACCACAUCCAGAUACUUGGAAAUGUCUUAUUCAAUUAUAUUGCUCAAGAAGAGUAUGAAAACUAGAACAAAGAGUCUGAGUUGAGCCAGUAAAGAAAAAUGAGAAAUAGUGAUCAGAGGCAUGGAAGCAAAUAUCAGUGCAGAACAGUGUCAUAGAAGCCAUAGGAAGAAAAGGUUUCAAAAUACAGAAGGUAUUUUUGGCAUCAAUGUUUAGAGGAAUUGAUUAUGAUGAAUUGGAAAAGGGGAAGUUGGCUUUGGUUAUUAAGAAGCUCUACUAACCUUUGGAGGUAAGGUAGUAUAAAAAGAAUAGCAUGGGCUUUACAAUUGAGUAGACAUGCCUCCAAAUCUAGUCAGUGGUACUUAUAAUAUAUGCGACAAUCAGCAAGUCACUCAACCUCUUAGGAUCUCAAUUUUCCAUCUGAAAAAUGAAGAUAAUAUCUACUGAUUAGGGAUGUUUUGGGCAUUGGAGGAAACAGUUCAUGUGAAAAGGAUUGGCAUAGUUCCUGAUACAUAGGUGCUCAAUGUAUGCUCCUUCUCUGCCCUCUUUCCAUGUCCAUUGUCAACAGGAGUUUCACUUCUCUGGUGAUUGGACCUAUAGGAUUUAACUAGGCAGGAAACUAUCCUAGGUCACAAAUAGACACAUGUUAAGGCCUACUCUUAUUUUUAAAAAUAUUUACUUAUUCAUUUAUAUGAAAGGCAGAAUUAUAGGAAAAUAUCUUCCAUCCACUGAUUCACUCCCCAAAUACUUGCAACGGCCAGGGCAAGGCCAGGCUGAACUCAGGAGCCUGGAACACCAUUCAGGUUUCCCAUGUGGGUUCAGAGUUCCAAGCACUUGGGCCAUCUUCUGCUGCUUUCCCAGGGGCUUUAGCAGGGAACUGGAUCAGAAGUGGAGCAGCCAGGACUUGAACUACACUGAUAUGGAAAGCAGGCAUCGCAGUUGGUGGCUUAACCCAUUGCAUAACAAGGCUGGCCCCAAGGCCUACUCUUAUAAAUAUCUUACACUACUCAGAGAUGAAGGAAGCAUGGUUACCUUUUAGAGAUUCAGAGUCCAGGGGCCAGUCUGGUGCUGUGGCAUAGUUGGUAAAGAUGCUGCCUGCAACAUUGGCAUCCCAUACGGGCACUGGUCCAUCUCCUGGCCACUCCAAUUCCAAUCUAGCUUUCUGGUAAUGUCCUGGGAAGGCAGUGGAAGAUGGUCCAAGUGCUUGGGCACCUGCCACCCAUGUGGGAGACCCUGAAGAAGCUCCUGGCUCCUGGCUUCAGCCUGGCCCAGCUCUGGCCAUUGCAGCCAUCUGGGGAGUGAACGAGCAGAUGUAAGAUCUCUGUCCCUCCACCCCUUGCUGUAACUCUGACUGUCAAAUAAAUAAAUAAAUCUCUAAAAAAUUCAGAGUCCGUCUGAGUAAGCAGGGGAGUCGACUUCUAAUCACGGACAUGUGAUACAUAGCAAUGGCAAGGUAGGAGCAGAACAUUCAGGUGCAUGAGAGGGGAAAGAUUUGGAGGGUUUCCUAACCUUAAAUUAUUUUUCUUUCAAUGAGAUCAUUGAUAUACUCAUAUAAUCACAGAAUAUGUUGUCUGAUUUUUAAAAAGAAAUAUGCAAUAAGAGCCCAUUUUGGCCAAACUACUUUAAUGAGCUAUAUUUUAAAAGAAUGAUGAUGAUACAUGUACUUAAGAGAAAAUAAUGGGGUGGAAAACCUGUAUAAUUCUGUCCCUUCCUCUUCUUCCUCUUUAUUUUACAGGAAUUUGAUGUAUUAGAAAUUAGCCUCUUCAGACAUCAUUGUCCAGUUCAGGGUAGAAUCUCACAUUGUUGUCAUGUUAGCCAGAUGUAAAGAGCGUCUCCGGUACCUAGCCUGGCAACCCAACUAGGGUAAACAUCCCAGAGUUCAGUGAUGGCCCAGGAAAAGAUUGAAAGUAAGAGUUUAGAUGGUCAGGCAGGCUUGAGGGAAGGAGGCUAGGAAGGAUAAGCUUCCAGUUUGCCAAGUGAAGAUUAAGGAGGUCCUGAAUAGAGGCUAAAGUUGUAGGAUGAAGAGAAGCAUGCAGACUUUGGAAAUGCAGGUACAGAAGAAAGAAGCCAUCUUCAUUUGCUAGAGGAGUGUACGGUAAGGUUAUUAAUCCCCCCCCCCAAAAAAUAGUUUCCAAGUGUUCAUAUGUGCUUAGGUAUCUCUGUCUCUUCUCCCUCCUCCCAUUCCCUACUUUGGACAAAAGUUCUAGGCUUGUUAAGCCUCUUACUGGCUUUUUUCUCUGUCUUCCUUCUCAACUUGCCCCAGUUAUAAUGGCUUUUAAAUUUUGACAAGUAUGCAGUGAAAAUCAAAACAAAUAUCUUCCAUAUUACUUGUCAAGGUUAUAGCCUUGACAGGUGUCAAGUGUAAUAUCCUAUUAUGAAGGUAGCAAGAAAUGUUAAUGUCAAGUAAGAAGCAGAUUAGUUAGGGCCCUAGUAAUGUAUGCCCCUUCCCCAGCGGCUCAUUUAACUGCCUCUUUUUUAUCUUUCCUUUAUUCUUUGGCUCUUAUUUUCUCUCUCUUCAAAGCCCUUUUUUUGUCUUUGUUUCAUUUUCCUUUACUCCGUUCUUUCCUUUCACUUCUCACAUUCUCCUGUCCAGGCUCUCUUGUCUUUCUUCCUGAUGCUCACUUGCUCUCUCUCUCUCUCUCUCUCUCUCUCUCUCCUAUACUUGACUUUUAUAUCUGCUUUGUUUUUCUCUCACUCCUUUUCUAGCCCAUGAAUCUUCUGAGUCUCUCCUUCCAUCAGAAUCUGUUGUGUUUUGGCCUCUCUGUCCCUCUCUCUCUCUUUGUGCUGUGUGCAGUGGCCAUUUGGGGUUAUGAAGCAGUGGGUUUCUGAGGUGCUUUUGUAUCAUUGUUGUUCCUGCUCUGCCAGGCUGCUUUUGCUGCAGUCUGCUCAAAGAGCUGACCCUGCUGAAAAUUCUGCCCACACAUUGGCCCCAGGAGAGAGGGAGUGCAGUAGGGACUUAUUGACCUGUCAUUUAGAGGGGAACACGAGUCCUCUCAUCACACAGCCAGAAGGUAAAUACUGCAAUGACAAGACACAUCAGCAGCAUUGCUGUCUGUAGCUUAACAGUUCGUUUCAAUACAUUUCUGUUUAAUUAAAAUAUUCCAACACUCCGUAUACGUCAUCUUCAAUCCCCCAGUUCCUUUUGAAGCCCUGCUUGGGAAAUCCAUUGUUACGACAGCCCACGCUUGUCAGCUGUCACCAGCAGGAGAAUAGUUGAGGAAAACGUGUGUUGUUUUAAUUGGGAGAGAGAGAAUGAGAAGUGACAGGCAAAGUAGUUUCGGUUUUUUAGAUGUGGAAAGCAUGGACCAGUGAGCGAAAGGCUCUGGAAUUGACUGAGUAGAGGGUAGGUAGAAAGGACGUAAGGACUUGAAAUCAUGUUUUUACAGCAUUAUUGAUGUCCAAGUAAGUUCUAAUACCAGAGGAGAGUUGCUUUGUUUUUAACUUAUAUAACAACCUGCAUCAAGAGUGCUGGUGCUGCCUGACGCAAACAGAAUACUUAAAGAGUCAGUCCAUCUCAGUCUCUCAAACCCCUAGAAAAACCAGCACUUUUCCAAUUCACAUACCUUCAUGUUGAGACACCUAUCUACCAUACAACAGGUACCACAACCUCUGACUCGGCUUCCAGCUACUAAACAUUGCCACUAUGUAACAGGCACUCUCUAUGAUAGUUGCUGGUAUUUGCAUGUUACAGAUUAAAAAAUCAGAGCUCUGACUGGUUGAUAACUUGCUCGAGGUCACAUAGCUAGUAAAUGGUUGGGCUAGUGUUCUGUGUGUGUGUGUGUAUACAUAUGAGUGUAUAUAUAUAUAUAUUAUAUGUGGGUUGAAAGGAAUAGGGGAGAGAGGGAGAACAGGAGGGAGAGUUUGAGAGAAACAGAAAGAUUGUUGGGUCUGAGGGUCAGUCAGAGCAGAGGUGCAAAAAUCCUCUUUGCUUCUUAAGAAGGGGUCUGAGACUCUUGGAUUUUGAUGAUGAACAGUAAUUUCUGUGGAAGAAUGGAAAAAAGGACUGCUGCUAACUAAUAAUCACAAUAAUUGCUUUCAUGUUUCCUUCCUGAAGCAAGUUGAUGGGUAUGCAUAUUUGUGCAGUUACACCAAAUAAACACCAAGUACAGUUGGCAAAUUCCCUGUCAUCCCUGACCAUAAACUCACAGUGGGCAGCAGUUCACCAUGCAAAACUGCCUAAUAUGUAUCCUUGAUUUUAGAGAAACAUUUAACUGGUAGGACUGAAAUGCAUUUUGACACUGCAAGUCGCUGUUAAAGAACCUUAUAAAAGGUAUGAAGGAUUUCCCCUUGCCUGUGGCUUACACUCCAGUCAUCAUGGACAGAUUGUCUCCUAGCCUUUGACACAGCCAGGAAAUUUUCAAAAGCUGCUUUGGGUCAGUGCCACGCAGUGUCUCCUAACUCCUUAGCUGAGGAGCUUUUAAUAAAAAAAAAAAAAAAGCUAACCUUAGUUAACCUUGAAUGAGCCAAUACAAGUAGCUUUUCUGCUUUCCGCUUUUUUUUUCUGAGAGAAAAUAGUUUGUCCCCAUCUAGAAAUGUACAGUGAAUAGCUGAAAACACUUUGGAUUUGAAGUCAGGACUUGAGCUCUUACUGUUCUUUCACUUCUGCAUUUCCAUUUUCUUUCAAUUUUUUGUCAUCUUCUUCUCCUUGGGAAGAGGGAUAGAAGAAUUAGUAACAAGUCUGUAGAAAGGGACUUUCUCCUCUUCAAGGUAUUGUCAUAGCAAUCUUUAAAGCCUUCUAGGACAUUACUUAUCACACUGUUGGGCAAUCAUUUAUUUGAGAAUCCAUUUCUCUUGUAUGAAUGAGUUUACUGAAGGCAAAGAUUGUGAUUUUGUUUCUCUCUGCCCAGGUUCCAGUGGGAACAAUUAGAUGGCUUAGGUGUUUCACUCAUUCAGUAGAUACUUAACUGAGGGCCUGUUAUCUGCCAGCCUUAUGCCAAGUGCUGAAUUUCCAUUGUCAGUGCAGGGGUGAUAGACAAAUGACCAUGGAUCAUUUGUCUGUGCAUAUCCUCAGCAGUCCUGUAGUAGGUUUCUGGCUUAUUUAUGAUAGUUUCAGGAUGCAGAACAUUGUAUUGGGAAGAAUAUUGUAUUGAGUAAAUGGUCCUGGAAUCUAGGACCUAUUCUACUCAGGCCUCCCUGGGUAGCUAUAACAUGGGCCUUUCUUUCCUCAGGUUCUUAGUUAUUUCAUCUAAUAAUAAUUGCCAAUAUUUAUUGAUGGCUUCCUGUGGGUCAAGAACUGUGUGAAACACUACACAUAUAUUACUGCAUUAGUUCUUCCCCAUAACAUUGUGAUAAUACUUUUACAUAUGAGGAACUUAAAAGGAUAUGUUCAGUGAGACAUAGCUAAGAAAAAUCAAAGGUGGGGUUUGAGCACAAGUUAAACUCCAGAACCUGGAUAUUCAACCUCUGUUCUAUACUGUAUCCUUGAAAAAUUAGGCUAAUAAUAUCAGUCCUGCCAUCACAACUGUCCAUAGACAGUGGAAAGUGUCCAUAGAUGUGGAAAGUGCUAUGUAAACUAAGGCAUUUUCUAGAUGGAAGCUGUAUGACUUUAAGAAGUUAAUGGAAAUGGAAUUAAAAGAUAAGUUUAUUUUGGUGUGAAAAUUUAGAAAUCCCUGUGUAGUUUUUUCAUAAUAGACACUUUUCAUGAAUUUUGUGAAGACCAUUUCAAAAAUUUUUGACCCCAAAUACAUUUAUCUUUUAAUUCCAUUUUACAUUAAUUUGUUGAAAUACUGUCAUAUUGUAGCUAUGGUCAGCUUAGCACCAAUGUAAACGUUUUCCAUACUGCUUUGUUGCUCAGUUACCACAUCAUACCUUGAACAACAGUAUGGAUUGUGGUUAAGAACAUGAACUCUUGAAGAUUUGCUCAAGUUCAAAUCUCAGCUCUGCCACUCACUAUUUAUGUAACCUUGGGCAAGUAUCUAACCCUUCUGUAUCUUAGCUUGCUCCUUAGUAAAAUCAGGAAUGUAAGUAUAUAUUUGUGAGAUUGUGGUGAGGAUUAAAUGUGCUAAGCAUUGAGAACAUAUCUGGCACUUUGAGAAUUCAGUGACCUAUAUUACAUUUCUCCACCAUUCUACCUAGAUUAAUACAGAUUAGCAAAUAGGAUGGUGGUAGUGAGAAAGGAAAUUUGAUUUGGCAUGGGUUUAAAGCUGAGAUAGCACAAUUAUAAACCGGGUAUAAAGCCAGACUCUGUUUAGAGUGAUUCCUGCAGCUGAAGAGCAGUAGACUUAGUCAUUGUCAUCCAACAGAAAGGCCACAGCUGCCACCUCCCCAGCCUGGCCUUGUAUUAUGAACCUGUCUUCUUUCUUUCAAGACAAAUAUCUAAGAUGAGGCUCAAGGGAAGAGCUGAUAAAUGAUUGAUCCUGGAGCCUGGGCCAGGUUACUGACUUGAAGGAAAGCUCAUACCCUGUCUGAUAGUGCCAAGGCUUUUGGUUUUGGAAUCAGACAGAUGUAGGUUUGAGUGUCAGCUCUGCCACUUACAUCUCUAUAUCCUCUGUAAAUUACUUUAACCCCUCUGAGUCUGUUGCUUCUCUAAAACUCCUGUAUAGUAGUGAUACUUACCAUAGGUAUGCAAUAAAAGUUAACUGUUUAUUUCCAUUCUAACCAGUCUUUUCACCUAGCAAAUGUAAGGGUCAAGUAGGGACAGGCUUGGGGCCAUAAGAGAUCUCAGGGUCAUAAGAUCUUGGGCUGAACAGCACAGAAGUGGAUAGUAUGAUAUCUAGGGCUUAAAAUCAGAACCUAGGUUCUAGUCCUAACCUGGCCUUUAUUAGCUUUGUUACCAUGGGCCUCUUUAAGCCUUUGUUUUCUAAUCUUUCACACAGAGAUUUGUCCCUACCUUGACUACUUUCCAAUAUUGUUAGAAAGUACAGAUUAAUAGAUAUCCCUGUAAUAUGUUUAUUAUGGUCAUAUCCUGGUGUGAUUUGAGAGAUGAGAAAACCAGGAUAAGGCAAAAGAUGUUUGUAAGCAGUGCCUCUGGAAAUGAGGUAAGAAUUUAGUAAAGGUAAACCCAAGGACCUGCUCAGAUACCAAGACAGUUCAGAGUCUGGUAAAAAUGAAACAAUCUGUAUUGAUGGAAAACAGGACAUUGAGGAACCUUGUAAUUUCACCUUCCUAAACAUAACCGUUUUUAUUACCUCCUAUUAUGUCCAAGUCUUUAUUUCCAUGUUGGUAUUUUUUAAAGAAUUAUUUAUUUACUUGAAAGUCAGAGUUCCACAGUGAGAGAACAAGAGGCAGAGAGAGAGAGAGAGAGAGAGAGAGAGAGGUCUUCCAUUUGCUGGUUUGCUCCCCAAUUGGCCGCAAUGGCCGGAGCUGUGCCAGGAGCCAGGAGUUUCUUCUGGGUCUCCCACGUGGGUGCAGGGGCCCAAGCACUUGGGCCAUCUUCUACUACUUUCCCAGGCCAUAGCAGAGAGCUGGAUUAGAAGUGGAGCAGCCGGGACUUGAACCGGUGUACAUAUGGGAUGCUGGCACUGCAAGCAGCGGCUUUAUGUGCUAUGCCACAGUGCCAGCCCCCAUGUUGGUAUUUUUAUAUAGCUGCAAUUCACCUAUUUCGUUGAACAAACACAUCUCUGUACCUACUCUACCAGGACCUGCACCCAGUACUGGCACAACAAAGUUGACUCAGAAUUCACUGACUUGAAGGGGCAAAUAUGUACAGAAACAACAGGAAUAUAAAAUAAUAAGUGCUCUAAUAAAGUAAAGUACAGUGUGGCCAUAGACAAGAGGUCACUUAAUUAUCAUUUGCAUUCUUUCACUUUUCCAUAAGCUAUACAUAAAUCUUUUCUACCUCUGUUACUGUACACUCUUGAUAGUCAUGAUCCUUUUCCUGUGGUUAUAUAAUAUUCCAGCAAGUUAAUGUGCCAUAAUUUACUUAGAAAAAUAAUGAGAAACCUCUCUUAGGCGACCAGGGCAAGCAGAGAAGGCGCGCAGCUCCUGCAGCUAAUGGGCAGGCUGGCGGCGGCACCACCCUUGUGCUCUGAGCAGCCAAUAGGCACGCGGCGGCAGAGUAGGUACCUGCGGUGGUGCGUAAGCACGUGCAGCGUGCAGCGUACAGCGUGCAGUGUUGGCUGCCGGGAGCGGAAGAAGCCGUUGUGGGCGUGGAGACGGUGUCCGUGAUCAUUUGUAGCGGGAAAGGGCAUCUCGAGCUAUGGCGGGCGACAGAGAGCAGACCAUGGAGAACCACCAACAUUCCAAUGGCUGUGAACCUUUCUUGAUUGGUGUCAGUGGUGGCACUGCCAGCGGCAAGUCUUCCGUCUGUGCCAAGAUUGUGCAGCUCCUGGGCCAGAACGAAGUGGAUUAUCGCCAGAAGCAGGUGGUCGUUCUGAGUCAGGACAGUUUCUAUCGAGUUCUCACAUCAGAGCAGAAAGCCAAGGCCCUUAAGGGCCAGUUCAACUUCGAUCACCCGGAUGCUUUUGACAGUGAGCUCGUCUUCAGGACACUCAAAGAAAUCGCUGAAGGGAAAACGGUUCAGAUCCCGGUGUACGACUUUGUCUCCCAUUCCCGGAAGGAGGAGACAGUUACUAUCUACCCGGCUGACGUGGUGCUCUUUGAAGGGAUCCUGGCCUUCUACUCCCAGGAGAUCCGCGACCUAUUCCGAAUGAAGCUUUUUGUGGACACAGACGCCGACACCCGUCUCUCCCGCAGAGUAUUAAGAGACAUCAGCGAAAGAGGAAGGGAUCUUGAGCAGAUUCUGUCUCAGUAUGUUGCCUUCGUCAAGCCCACCUUUGAGGAAUUCUGCUUGCCGACGAAAAAAUACGCUGAUGUGAUAAUUCCUAGAGGUGCAGAUAAUCUCGUGGCCAUCAACCUCAUCGUGAAACACAUCCAGGAUAUCCUCAACGGUGGGCAUGCCAAACGGCAGACCAAUGGCUGUCCCAAGAAGCAGAUACCAGAGCCCAACAGCAAGCCAUAGUAACUCCUGCCUCCUUCAAGCCUGAGCCUCCAUGUCCAGGAUACAAGGUAGGGAUCAGGAGACAUCUUUCAUCUCUACAUACUGUAGAGAAUUACUGUAUUUUAGAAAAAUAUCACAGAGAGGAAAUGCAUUUAACUUUUUUCUUUCUGUAUUCUAGAAUGGUGAAAUGAAGCAGAACUUCACUCUAAGCUUAAGUAACAAACUUCCAGCUAUUACUGAUGAUGCUUAAUUAUUAAUCCAAUAGUGUAAUCAGCUAUAAAUAUGUUCUUAUAAAGAAUCUAUUUUUGUGUUUUUUUUUUAAAAAAAAACCUUACAUGUAACAGCAGUGUGACUAUUACUGUUAAUGUUGAAAAAAAAUCUGUGUAUGCAAAACAGUCUGAUCAACUGCAAAGGGCAGCUUUCCAUUGUACUCACUAGUUAUCAGGCACUUUAUCUAAUUAUGGACUCCAUAUUUAACAGCAGAUGAAGAGAAAGUGAAAGGAAUCCUGAGGAGAUCCAAAAAAGGAAGACCUUCAAAGAAAGCUUAGACAAGCUGAAAUUGCUUGAGUUGGAGAAGAGACUUGGGGACUGUUGAAAAAUGGUCUUCAAAUGAAUAAUUGUGCUUUGUCUCCAGAGGCUAGAACAAGAGAAAAUGGAGCAUUUUUAAUGUGAAGAACUUGGAAAAAAAUGUAAAGCAAUAGUCCUUGACAUUGAGAGCUGCCGAAUUUUAAGAUGAAUGACAAAAAGACCUUAGAGUUUUCUUCUCUGGAGCUCUUUUACAUGAGAUAAAUUUCCAUCUACCUGAGAAGUCUAAGCACACACAUGAAAUCAGAGUGAGCAAAGUGCCUCUUUAAGAUUCCUGCUUUCCCCCACAAAGUCCAAAGGAAAUGGCUGUUAAGAAUUGUCCAAGCAUCAGAAAUGGGCCAGAAGCACCGUUCCCUCAUCUCUGUCUAGAAAGUGCUUCAAGGAGAUAUUCCUCUCUAGCUCACUGGCCAAUUCAGUUUCCAGGAUGAUUCUUUUAAAAUGGUUUUCAUGUUUGAAGUUAUAGUCCUAGAUAAACUAUCUUGUUUUUUGUUCUGAGUACAGUUUAUUGUAAUAAAAGUUUUCAAUUCAAUUAAGUGUUAAGUGCCUUCCCUUUCACAUUCCUGUUCUCUCAGCUCCUUUAAUUUUUCUCCAUUGGUUAAUUAGCAAUCAUGUAUUGCUUCAGGAUAGCAGUGGGUAGUAAAAAGAAUGAAGUAAUUGGGCAGGUUUAGGCAGAGAAAGCUCAAGGUCUGUUCUCAGCAAGGGUCAGCCCAACAAAUAGACUGGACAAUUCAAAGGGCUGACAGCUUGAUCUAGGGCUGCCCCAUAGAGAAUGGCUUUCAUAAGCAGUAAAGCAAGGCACAAGCUGUAUAAUGUAAGAAAACUUCUCAUUGGCAGCAGCUGGCCUACUGGGAAGGGGGACCUUUUUACAUGGGUGAGGAUUUCAUUUACACUUUGAAGGAGAAGAUGAAUUUUGCCACGAAAUUUCCCCCAAACUACCAGUGCUAACUCUUAAUUUUACCCAGCUUUUAAUUGCUUCAAGGUUUACACUGAAGAUAGCCUCAGUGGGUGUGAAUUGGUGGCAGUCUUACUUUGUCACAGCAUAUGAAUUGAAAGACAUCAUGGACUAGAAUCUUUUUGCCAAACCAAAAGUGUCCUUUGGGUCUCUGCUACGAACUAGAAGAAUUUUAGUCCAGUUUUAACAGGAUCUGGGAGAUGGUUUUUUGGAUAGUGUUUUCUUUAGCAACAGGAGGUUAGAACUCCCCUCUUCAAUAAGACAUGAUCUGAUAUUCAAUGUUUUCAAAUAAAAAGAUGUGACAAUAUUUAUGUCACAUCAAGUUACCUUGUGUCUCUUACUCCAUUCUGCUAUAGCUCCCUGGCCACACAUUUACAUGAUGGUUCAAUUUUGAGUAGCGUUAAUUAAUCCAUUAGCAAACAUUUGCUGAGAGUCUGCUGUGUACAAAGCACUGGGUUGAAGGUUAGGUUCAAGAAACAUAGAAGUGGUGAAAUUUUAUAAUCUACAGAGAAGGCAACAGUAGAAGUAGACAUGGCUAAAGAACACUUUUCUGGAAUGCUAUUGGGACAGGAAUAAUUUCGGUAGCUCCAACUUUCACAAAAUUGCUUUCUGGUUAAUGAAAAAUAUUGUCCUACUCUCCUGUUUCCUGCUACCAGCAAAAAAAAAAAUCCAUUAGAGAAAAUUGAAGCACUCUCCUCUAAUUUGAAAGUAUGUGAAGGUCACUCUGGUGGUUACAUAUUGGAAUUUGUGAAGUGGAGGGUUUGGGUGAGGUGCUAUAAAGUUACUAGCCUCAAACUAGCUAGCCCAGGCAGGGUGGAUAUUACAGAGGUUUAGGACAUCAUUACAGACUGAGUAAAAGGAAGUACUGGUUUUCUCCUCCUUCCUCAGUAAUAUCAAUACACUCAAAAUUUUACAACAUUUAGGUUUUUCCUUCUUGUUUUCUUUUUUUUUUUUUUGACAGCAGAGUGGACAGUGACAGAGAGACAGAGAGAAAGUUUUCCUUCUUGUUUUCUAAUUUGUUUAUUUAAAAAAAUUAUUUGGAGGGGGGAGCAGUGCUGUGGCAUAGCAGGUAAAGUUGCUGCCUCAGUGUUAGCAUCCCAUAUGGGUGCCAGUCUGGGUCCUGGCUGCUCCACUUCCAAUCCAGCUUCCUGCUAAUGCACUUUGGAAAGCAGUGGAGAAUGAUUCAAGUGCUCGGGACCCUGCAUCCAUGUGGGAGAUCGAAGGAAGCUCCUGGCGCCUGGCUUCUGACUGGCCCAGCCCUGGUCAUUGUGGCCAUUUGGGGAGUGAACCAGCAGAUGGAAGAUCUCUCUCUCUCUCUCUCUCCCCUUCUCUCUCUCUGUAACUCUGCCUUUCAAAUGAAUAAACUGGGUUUUUUUUUUUUUUGUAAAGAUAAAAAAACAGAGUGCGUUAAUUUAAAAACAAUAAUAAUGUGUUGUUGUUUGAGAAUCUGGGGUGGGAUGAGUGGGCUCUCACAUCCACUGGUUCUUUCCUCAAAUACCCACAAUAGAUGGGGGUGGGCCAGGGCAAAGCUGGCAACCAGGGAUUCAAUCCAGGUUUCCUACCCAGUGGCAGAGACCCAAUCACUUUAGCCAUCACCUGCUGCCUCCCAAGGUGUGCAUGAGCAGGAAACUGGAAACAGAAUUGGAGCUGGGACUGCAACCCAGGCCUUCCAAUAUGGGAUACAGUUGUCCCAAGCAGUAUCUUAACCACAUGGCCAAAUACUUAUCCUUAAUUUAUUCAUUUUUAAAUUGACAAAAAGAAUUCUAGCAGAAUGUGUUCAGUUAAAUUUCAGCAAUAUCAGUAAUUUUAAAGAAUACAGUAUGUUAUUAUUAACUGUCACUGUUUUGUACAAUAGAGCUCUUAAACUUACUCUUCUUAACUCAAAUUUUGUAUCCUUUAAUCAAUAUCCCUAAAUUCUUCCUCCCUAGUAGAUAGAUAUUGUGGUGCGGUGGGUUAAGCCACUGCUUGGGUUGCCCACACACUAUAACAGAAUGCCUGGAUGAGUCCUGCCUCUACUUCCAAUCCAUUUUUCUGCUAAUGUGCACCCUGGGAAGGAAAAGAUGAUGACUGAUGUACUUGGGUCCCUGCCUGCCACCCACAUUCAGGAUCUGGAUGGAGUUUCUGGCUCCUAGCUUUGGCCUGGCCAAGUCAUGGCUGUUGUGGACAUUUGGGGAGUGAACCAGCAGAUGGGAGACUGGCUCUCUC